UUGGCAUUAUUCGUCAUCGUUCCCUCCAAAAUCCCUUUCGUCUUUCUACCAUCUUCCACAAGCCGCGCUUUAAUUUCUUUCUUCAUUUUUGCACACUCAAGCUUUUUCCAUCUUCUUCUUCCCCGAAUUUCUUAUGAUUUUCAUCAAUUUUGUUCCUUAGAUUGCAUCUGCUGCAUGCUACACAUUUGGAUUCCGCGACGUUGAGUUUGCUCCUCCGAUUUCGCUUUUAUAACUGCAGUGUCAGAGAUUUUUAUUCUUUGUAGAAUUCCUCUGAAUUUUUGUUGAUUUCAAUAAGACACAUCCAUUAGCUGCUCUUCUUCUAUCUUCAGGGUAUUCUUUGCUAUAUUCCAGCUUGGUUAUACAAGACCAAAAAGUAUAAUAUUAUGUCUGUUUCCAUGAGAGAUUUGGAUCCAGCUUUCCAGGGAGCUGGACAAAAGGCUGGACUUGAGAUAUGGCGCAUUGAGAAUUUAAAACCAGUUGCUGUUCCUGCCUCCUCCUUUGGGAAGUUUUUCACUGGGGAUUCCUAUGUGAUAUUGAAGACAACUGCUUCAAAAAGUGGUGCACUGCGUCAUGAUAUCCACUACUGGCUUGGUAAAGACACCAGUCAGGAUGAAGCUGGUGUUGCAGCCAUCAAAACGAUUGAGCUAGAUGCAGCUCUUGGAGGACGUGCUGUUCAGUAUCGUGAAUUACAGGGUCGUGAAACUGAAAAGUUCUUGUCUUAUUUCAAACCAUGUAUAAUUCCUCAAGAAGGUGGAGUUGCCUCUGGUUUUAAACACGUUGAGGCUGAAGAACAUACAACACGCUUGUAUGCAUGCCAAGGGAAACAUGUUGUGCGGGUGAAAGAGGUUCCUUUUGGUCGAUCGACACUCACCCAUGAUGAUGUUUUUAUUCUGGAUACCCAGUCUAAAAUCUUUCAAUUUAAUGGUUCUAAUUCAUCUAUUCAAGAAAGGGCUAAAGCAUUGGAAGUUCUACAGUAUAUAAAGGAUAACUACCAUGAUGGGAAAUGUGAGGUUGCCACUGUUGAGGAUGGAAAGUUGAUGGCUGAUGCUGAUGCUGGAGAAUUCUGGGGCUUCUUUGGGGGCUUUGCUCCUCUUCCACGGAAAACAGCCAGUGACGAUGAUAGUAUUGUUGAUUCUCAGUCUCCAAAGCUGCUCUGUGUUGUGAAGGGGCAGGCAGAACCUAUUGAGAGUGAUUCUUUAAUAAGAGAACUACUAGACACAAAUAAAUGUUAUAUUCUUGAUUGCGGUUUGGAAGUUUUUGUUUGGAUGGGAAGAAACACCUCUCUUGAUGAAAGAAAAAGUGCAAGUGCAGCUGCAGAAGCAUUAAUCAGUGGUCCUGAUCGACUAAAAUCCCACAUAAUUCGUGUUAUUGAAGGAUUUGAAACUGUUAUGUUCAGAUCCAAAUUUGACACUUGGCCUCAAACACCUAACGUAACUGUGUCAGAAGAUGGUCGUGGCAGGGUGGCAGCACUUCUAAAGCGUCAAGGAGUGGAUGUCAAGGGUCUGUUGAAAGUUGAUCCAGUAAAAGAAGAACCUCAACCUCACAUUGAUUGCACAGGACGUUUGCAGGUUUGGCGGGUAAAUGGCCAAGAAAAGAUUCUCCUUCAAGAUUCUGAUCAAUCAAAACUUUUUAGUGGUGAUUGCUAUGUCUUUCUCUAUUCAUAUCCUGGAGAAGAUAGAGAAGAGCAUCUUGUAAUAACAUGGAUUGGAAAGAACAGUGUUGAGGAAGAAAGAGCUUCAGCUAUUUUAUUGGCAAGCAAGAUUUUUGAGUCAAUGAAGUUUAUUCCUGCCCAGGCUCGUAUUUAUGAAGGGAAUGAACCAAUUCAGUUUUAUUCUAUCCUCCAAAGCUUGAUUGUUUUUAAGGGUGGUCUUAGUGAUGGAUAUAAGAAUUACAUUGCGGAGAAGGAAAUUCCAGAUGACACGUAUAAGGAAGACGGUGUCGCACUAUUCCGCAUCCAGGGCUCUGGACCUGACAGUAUGCAAGCUAUACAAGUCGAUACGGUUGCUUCUUCCUUGAAUUCCUCAUAUUGCUACAUACUUCAUGAUGGGCUCACAGUCUUCACAUGGAUUGGAAGCCUUACAAGUACAGAUGAUCAUGAACUAGUUGAGAGGAUGCUGGAUUUGAUAAAGCCAGAAUUACAAACGAAACCACAGAAGGAAGGUUCAGAAUCUGAACAGUUUUGGGACUUGUUAGGAGGGAAAUCAGAGUAUCCCAGUCAAAAGAUUGCAAGGGCUGCUGAAAGUGAUCCUCGCCUAUUUUCUUGCAACUUCUCGAAGGAAAAUUUGAAGGUAACUGAAAUAUACAACUUCUCCCAGGAUGAUUUAACGACUGAAGAUAUUAUGAUCUUGUAUUGUCACUCAGAAAUCUUUGUCUGGGUUGGCCAGCUUGACCCUAAGAGUAGAUUGAAAGCUCUAACAAUUGGUGAGAAAUUUCUUGAGCAUGAUUUUUGUAUGGAAAAUUUAUCUCGUGAAGCUCCAAUAUAUGUUGUCAUGGAAGGGAGUGAACCACUUUUUUUCACUCGCUUCUUCAAAUGGGAGUCUGCAAAAUCUGCGAUGCUGGGAAACUCAUUUCAAAGGAGGCUUACAAUAAUGAAAAAUGGGGGCACUCCACCUUUGGAUAGACCAAAACGGAGAACAUCAGUGUCUUAUGGAGGAAGGUCCAACAGUGCACCAGAAAAAGCCCAGCGUUCUCGCAGCGUGUGCGCAACUCCUGAUCGUGUUCGUGUGAGGGGUAGGUCUCCCGCCUUUAAUGCAUUAGCAGCUGCGUUUGAAGGUCCCAAGGACAGAAAUCUUUCAACUCCACCUCCUAUUGUUAGAAAGCUGUAUGCAAAAUCUCUGACACCAGAGUCAGCAAAAUUGGCACCCAAAUCUUCAGUUAUAGCAGCACUUAGUUCUUCUUUUGAAUCAUUCCGUCCAUCAAAAGAAAAUUUUAUACCUCGAUCAUUUAAAGUGAGCCGAGAGGCCUCAAAGCAGGAGACAAGCAAUGGGAAAGAUUCUAUGAGCAGUAUACAAGAAGAUAUGAAAGAGGGUGAAGCUGAAGACGAUGAAGGUCUCCCAGUUUACCCAUAUGAACGCCUCAAAAUAGGAUCUGAAGAUCCUGUAGCAGACAUUGAUGUGACCAGGCGAGAGGCUUAUUUGUCAGCUGAGGAAUUCAAAGAGAAAAUUGGGGCGACAAGAAAGGAUUUCUACAGGUUGCCCAAAUGGAAACAGAACAAACUCAAGAUGGCAAUUCAGUUAUUUUGAGUCUUAGUAUACUUUUCAUUCUAGCAGAUCCCCACGGUUUAGGUUUCAGUGAGGAACUGAUCAUAUAUACAUGUGUGUGUGGAAGGGAAAGGGACAGCAUCAGUGAAUUUUUUUAGCAUAGCUGCUUCUGCUCCCGACAAGAUUUUCAUGGUGAAGGGUGAAAACCGUUGAGAUUUUUCACCCCCUUGGUUUGAAUGCAUAGCAUGCAUUCAUCCUUUGUGGAGCUAGCUGCCUGGAAAUUUGUCUUUUGUAGGCACAGGCUGUUAUUUUGACAUGCCCCUUUCAUUGGGAUUCCAUGUCAAUCAUCAUUCUUUGAUUCAAAUUUGUUUGGUAAAGUAAUUGAUUCUGCAAAUGCAGUCUACUUAGAUAGGUUGUAACCAUAAUUGAGGAUGGAGUAUAUGUACAGCUUUGUAAAAACCAGUCAAUUUGUUAUCUCUCUCCUAUUUCUUGUUC